CUCUUGGACCAGAUAAUGUUUCAUUGCAUUGUAUCGCAAUAUGUGGGGAUGCAGGUGGAAGGCAGACCAGCUGACUGGUGGAAAGGCGGAGGAGGAGGAGGAAGGCAAACAGCCGGGCUGGACGGGGGGCUGCUGCUGCUUUACUCCGACAGACAGACUUAUCUGAACGGAUUGGAUCUGCAACGCAAGUCGCUGCUGUAGAGUUCCAGACAGCAACCUGCCUGUGGUAGUUUAGUCCAGCAGCUACACCUGACUUAAUCUUGAUUCUACGAACAUCGAACUGUUCUUUCCGUAACCCUGGAGGUUGUCAAAUUACACCAGAGCCCUACAUAGUUGAAUUGGUUGACAUCUAAUAUGUCUAUAUUACCGUUCACUCCUCCGAUCGUUAAGAGGCUUCUGUGCUGGAAGAAAGGAGAACAAAACGGGCAGGAGGAGAAAUGGUGCGAAAAGGCUGUCAAAAGUCUUGUAAAGAAGCUGAAGAGGACGGGGCAGCUGGAGGAGUUGGAGAAGGCCAUCACAACCCAGAAUAUCAACACGAAAUGUUUAACCAUACCCAGGUCUUUAGAUGGACGCCUGCAGGUCUCCCACAGAAAAGGACUUCCUCAUGUGAUCUACUGCCGCUUGUGGCGUUGGCCAGACCUGCAGUCUCACCAUGAGCUGAGGGCUGUCGACCACUGUGAAUUUGCCUUUCACACAAAGAAAGAUGAAGUGUGCGUCAACCCCUACCACUACCAGAGGGUAGAGACUCCAGUUUUGCCGCCUGUGUUAGUGCCACGCCACACAGAUAUUCCCACCGAGUUUCCACCACUGGACGACUACAGCCCAUCAAUACCUGAAAAUACCAAUUUCCCUUCUGGCAUUGAGCCUCAGAGCAACUAUAUUCCUGAAACUCCCCCUCCAGGGUAUCUGAGUGAGGAUGGUGAGACAAAUGAUCACCAUGUCACCCACAACAUGGACACAAGCUCCCCCAGCCUUUCACCCAAUCCUGUUUCACCUACCAACAAUAAUUCUGACCUGCAGCCUGUGACGUACUGUGAAUCUGCCUUCUGGUGCUCCAUCUCCUACUAUGAGCUGAACCAGCGGGUUGGAGAGACUUUCCAUGCAUCCCAGCCUUCCCUAACAGUAGAUGGAUUCACAGACCCCUCAAAUUCUGAGCGUUUCUGUCUGGGCUUGCUGUCCAACGUAAACCGGAACUCGGCAGUAGAGCUCACUCGCCGACACAUUGGACGGGGUGUGAGGUUGUACUACAUUGGGGGAGAGGUGUUUGCAGAGUGUCUUAGUGACAGUGCCAUCUUUGUUCAAAGUCCAAACUGCAACCAGCGCUAUGGUUGGCAUCCUGCCACUGUGUGCAAAAUACCUCCAGGAUGCAACCUGAAGAUUUUCAACAACCAAGAGUUUGCUGCCCUCCUCGCUCAGUCAGUCAAUCAGGGCUUCGAGGCUGUUUACCAGCUUACCAGGAUGUGCACUAUUCGCAUGAGUUUUGUCAAGGGCUGGGGAGCUGAGUACAGACGUCAGACGGUGACCAGCACCCCCUGCUGGAUAGAGCUACAUCUGAACGGUCCCUUGCAGUGGCUGGACAAAGUCCUCACACAGAUGGGCUCUCCCAGCAUCCACUGCUCCAGUGUCUCUUAGGAAAACUAGUCUCAACAUAUGCAACUAAGGUGCAAACCACAUAGGAAAUGUCAAUGUUUGUCUGUGAUGAAGAAAGAAGCAUCAUUCUUUUAACUACAGAGGCAUCUCAAUAAAUUAGAAUGUCAGCUAAUGAAAACCCAAGAUUCACUUUCCUGGAAUAGUAGAAUAUCACAUUAAAUCAUUAAAAAAGGAUUUUUAAGACAGAAAUGUUGGCCUACUGAAAAGUAUGUUUAUGUGCAAUUUAUUAUAUGCGCUCAGUACUAAGUCAGGGCUGAUUUUGCAUGAAUUACUGCAUUAACGCAGCGUGGCAGAGAGCUGAUUGCCUUGGUAGACGGCUGCAAUGACUUUGGACUUGAUAAAACACCGUGGAUCAACACCAGUAGAUGAACCAUGGGUUCUCAAAUAAUCACUGACUGUGGAAACGUCACACUAGACAUCAAGCAGCUUGCGUUCUGAGCUUCUCCAAUGCUCCUCCAACAUUUUGGAUCUGAAAUUUACUUUUAUCUGAAAAUAGGACUUUGGAUCACUGAGCACCUGUCCAGUCCUUUUUUUUCUCCUAUGUCCAGGAAAGACGCUUCUGAUCUCUCUGGAUCAGGAGGGGCAGUUGUCUGUGUGGAGACUUUUGAAGCACUGACUCUGAAUCUUCCUAAAAUUCAUCAAUAGACUUUUAUUCACAAUCAGCCCUGUUACAUGUACACCUUUUGCAAGCACACUUCUUUCUUCCACUCAACUUUAGAUCAAUAUGCUGAUAUAAAGUGGUUUGUGAACUGCCAGCUUCAUUAGCCAUAGUUUUUUGUGGCUAACCCUCCUACUGUCUACAGCCAACAACAUUUCCCAGGAUUGUGUAGUAGAUCGUAACAUUUCUAUAAAAAAGAUAAAAUCUUUUAUAUUUUGUUCAAAGUUUCUUAGAAACUGAAUUUUGUUUUUUGUUUUUUCAGCUGUAAGCAUAAUUAUCAAAAUGAGAAAAAAUGGUUUGCACACACCUCCCUGAGCUUCAUUUUAUGAAUUGAAUAAUUUAAAUGGAGAUUUGGGUGAUAUUAUCAUUUUAGAUGCACGUGUAAAUGAAUGGCCUUUCCCCUUGAGCAAAAAGAAUGCAUUUAAAACCCUUUAUUUUGCAUCGUUUAUUGUAACCAGUUGACUGUUAUAAGAAUUGCAUUUUUUAGAUUUAUGAUAGUCAGUAAUUUGGCAUUUGUUUUAUAUUUGGGAGGAUGAAACAAAUUCGGUUUAUCACUCAUUCAGCCAUGUCAUUACUUAGUAAUACAGGUUUUAUUCCAUACAGACAUUUGAAGUUUAGGUUUAGCGUGGACAGCCAUUUUUUUCAAUUCAGUGAGUUAAUCCAGAUUAAUUAUGUGUCCAUCUUCAGUGUUUCAGUGACUCAGUCUCGCACACUGAAUGGGGAGGGGAUUUUAUGAAUACAUGAAAUAACAUGAAAAGUAUUCAGUUGUGCUUUCAUGUAAUUGGUAUUUUAAGUAGACACUACUCUCCCUAUAGAGAUUUAUUUAUAUAAAUUAUCUAAUUUAUGAUUUGAUUGGUAUUUGGUCUACACGAAGAAAAUACAAAGCACUAUUGUUUCUGUAAAAAACAAACUUGUAUGAACUAUUUUCUUCUGUGAAAGAGACAUAGUAGAAGUUAUUUUUGCAUAUUGUCUGGCAUGGGAAUAUAUUUUUAUGAUUUCCUAAAGAUGAUUGUACAUAAAUGGUUAGAGCUUGUAAUGUCAUGUAGGAAAAUGCUUGAAAUAGUGGAUCUGACUGACCUCUGCUGUAGGGCUGACUCCUAAGACUUUAAUAACCCCAAGCCUGAGUUGCAUAAACUGCUUCUAACCUACGUCAGCUGGUUGUACACAUCUGGGACAGAUUUCUGAAUCAAACAUAGUUUAUUUCUUAAUGGAGGCGUACGGCAGACUGUCUUCAGAGGAGGUUAAUUGAAUUUAGACACCAUGUGACUUUGAGGUGAAAACAAGAAAUGCUACUUUUAUUUCUUUUACCAGCAGUUAACCGAUUGUGAAGCACUGUUCUUGUGAGUAAAUGAUGUACUUCCAGUUUACUGUGUUAAUCACUUUAACGUUGUAGUGAUUGCUUGCCAAAAAACACUGUAUAUUACAUGUGCAAUGUAAUACUAUAAGGCAUGUGUAUUGCCUCUGUCAUUGAUGACAAUCUCUGAUGCAAUAAUGUUCAUCCUGUGCUUACAGUACUUAAAACUAUGUUACAUGUAAUCUAUCUAAACACCGACAUGGUAGGAACCUAAAUGCUGUGUUCUAUAGUGCAUUACGUAGUUGGUAGACUUCUGUUUUUCUCUUUAUUUUUGUAGUUGCUUUUCUAGGCCAAGUCUUUCUUACAUGUAGUCUUUUUCUUUUUGUCAAGUAACUGAAACAAAUUUUUAGAAAUGUGAAAUUUUAUUAAAAUGCAGCAGAAGAGUC